GGGCUGAAUGGCCAAGAGGAAGAGGAAGCAGCGCUUUGGCAAAUUAGUUGAUUAAGCGAAAAUAGGCGACAAUGUUUUGUAAUUGAAUAGAAUAAAAAGGCAUUAGCAUACGGUUUGCACCUCGAAUCCAAUGAACAAACACAUCUGCUCGCGAUGGGCGUUCGAUUUAAGCACAUGGACGCCCACGCUUCCGCAGCUGGCUCACGCCGUGGCUGCCAUACAACCCGAGGAGCGGAAGCGUCUGAUGAAAUUUCAUUUUAUUGAUGACUUUCUGUCCUCGCUAAUUGGACGGCUGUUAAUGCGUAAAUUUGUGAGCACGUGCAGCAACGUGCCCUACCAUCAAGUGCAAUUCGCGAGGGAUGUGCGCGGCAAGCCCUACUGGGUGCAGGAUCAGCAGUCUGAGAGCACGCCCCCCCUCAGCUUCAAUGUCUCCCAUCAGGGCAAACUGGUGCUGCUGGCGGGCGUUAAGGGCGACAGCAAAGACGAUGCUGAGUUCGGCAUUGGAACGGAUGUCAUGAAGAUCGAGUACAACGGCGGCAAGCCGCUGUCGGAAUUCUUUCGACUCAUGCAGAGCAAGUUCUCGCCACAGGAAUGGAGCUACAUUGGCAGGCCGCAGCACAAUGAGCGGGCGCAGCUGAAGGCCUUCAUGCGUCACUGGUGCCUGAAGGAAGCCUAUGUCAAGGAGCUGGGCGUGGGCAUUACAGUUGAUCUGCAGAAGAUAAGCUUUGCCAUGGACACGACACACCCCCUGGAGGAGGCCUCGUCGCCGUUAUGUGGCAGCACGCUCUGCUGCAAUGGCACGCCCAUGACUCAAUGGCAUUUCGAAGAGCAUUUAUUGACGCCCAAGUACUGUGCGGCCAUUGCAUUCCGUAACUGCCUGCCACUGGAGCAUGCGAAAUUUGAGUUUCUACCGUUCGAAGAGCUGAUCGAACAGAGUCCCAAAGCCGACCAACCCGAUGUGGUUGCCUACUGCCAGAAAGCGCUUCUUAAGCCGCAUAAACGACAUGAAUAGCUAGUAAUAUUUGAUUCCCAAAUAAAUGUACAUAUAUA